GGUCGAUAAUUUACACCAUCAUUUUGGCGCCACCCGUGGGACCUGAUCAAAAGGCUAUGUUUUGCUCUUCAUAUUCUUGCCGAUACAGGGAAGAUGGUGGUAUGGUGAUUGAUUUCCCCCACACUGCAAUGAAAAUGGUAGAGCACAAUACACCAUUUUCAAAGGCAAAAGUGAGCACAUUAAAAGCAGUUUCCAAAUCCAGCAUUUCUAAUUUCAAAUCAAAAAGGCUACUGCGGCGGCAACAUUCCGCGCAGAAUCUUCAAGGAGCAAAAGACGGGAGGCCACUUCUUAUGCCUCGUAGCAGAGGAUCUUCUCUCUGUUCCCACCGUGCCAUUUUUUCCUAGAGGAAGACAACGACCAAUCCUCCUCCUCCGCCAGUAACGGUGUGGAGGAUACCAUCUGCACCGGCAUCGCCAUUAUGCACGACAUCAGCAUCGCAGCCCCGACCCACACAUCUCCCGCAGCCACUGUCGAAGAGGAGGAAGGAGACAACCACACAGCCGGGGGCAAUUCGCUUUUUCUGGCGCCAAAGUUAGCCAUUACUCUGACCGAGAGCAAGCGGACGAAGUCUAUCACCACUGUCACCAUUAGAUUUGUCAUCAUCGCCAUGCAUGCCAGUGACCGGUGGUCAUCGGUGAUGCCGCCGAAGUCCGUUGUAGCCAAAGUCAGCCUGCUACCUCAAAAGACUGCUGCUGCUGCUUAGGAACGUGGAGGUGUACUUAACAGUGACCAGAGUCACCUGCAUCGCCGUCAAAAAUGAAGUCCUCACUCUCAAGGACACCUCCCUCUCCAGCAAUCUGCUCCGACAAUGCAGAGAAUCCACACUGCCAUCGUGAAUCUUGGCCUGGACGCCAAAGUCGAAGCCACCACUCCGCAUUCACUGGCCGUGCUCGAGACCCCGUAUCCGCCGGCCGCUAGCUCGUUCCGGCCAAAUCUGAUCAAGUGCGUCGAUUGGGUCGCCGUUUCUGAUCAAUUAUUUCGCGUACAUUCUGUACAAGGCUAAUUCGAAGCAGGCGUCCCUCAGAUUGCUCUUCCAGCCCAGCGAUGGGAUUGUCGACCCCAAAACCGGUCUCCACUUUGGCAAGAUGCUGUUGGCCCAGCUUGUUCAUCUCACAUCCAGAGACAAAGGGACGAAAGAGGGAAGGUGCAUAUGUUCACAUGCAUUCAUCACUCUUUUUUAUAAAGUGGGAUGCUAUGGAUGUAUCAACAAGGUAUAGGGUCCAUCAUUGGGCAUCAUUGUACGAAAGCAUGCAAGGGAAAGGAGGUGGAAGAGAUACUAUCAGGGGCCCACCAUUGAUUAAUGAAAGAAGAGGGAAGCACGUGAUUUUGGAAGAGUAUGGAAAGGAAUGGAUAUGGGAUCAUGCCAUUAUUCAUGGCCCCACAAUCAUGGAUGAAAACAUCAUGGGCCGAUUCUCAUGUCUCCCAUUUCCAAAGGGAUGAGUUCAAGAGGAGCAAAAAUAUUGUAUCCACGCCAAAUGGAUAUACCCAUCCCGCUUUGAUCCACUACAAAUUUUAGAAGGAAGACUGGGACACAGGCCCAGACCUGGCACGCUGGUUACUACACCGGUCUUGCUCAGUAUAAAAUAAAAAAAUAAUAAACCCGGAAGAGGGGCCCGGAAGAGGGUAUGCCUGCAAGAGGGCUGGACCUGGAAGAAGGUUCAAACCGUACUUACACGGGCCCAUGAGGUUUGACCAGUAUCGGGGAAUCAGCCGGUGCCGUCAAACUGAUUGGGGACUAAAAGAUGCCCAUUAAAAGAAAUAGAAGAGGGAUCGUCCACCGUGGCUCAUCCUAUUUCCCCCUUCUCAGGGAAGACUUGAACGGGGGGGUGAGCUAAGGCCUUCCCGGGAUAGUAAAUAUCAAAGGGCCAUUAAAAGACUUAAUCACCCGGAAGAGGGGGCCCUGGAAGAAGGGUGCAUUUUGGGCCUUGGAGAGGGCUCGAAACCAUCCGACAUGGUUAAUUCUCCAAUGUUGAUCUGGCCCGGCCAGAAGCAUUAUCUUAUUAGAAGACUGAGACACAUGUCUGGCCUGGCACGCUGGUUACUACACCGGUCUUGCUCAGUAUAAUAAAGAAAAUAUGUGACCCAGUCGAACUGGUACACUGGUCUCACACCAGUCUUACACAUAUUUUCCAAUAAGCCUGAGCCCAAUCGAAUUGGGUACACCGAUUGCACACCGGUUUUAGCAAAAAAGUGAGCAAAGCUCAUAUCGAGGACGCCCGAUUCAUUUAAGCCCUCUAUUCGAGGCACUUUGAUCGAAGAUGGUCUCCGCGAGACAUGAAGAUAUUUACAUCAGUCAGCCAGGCUAACGCUGAUCUUCAACAAAGCUACUGCAUCAGAUUCAAUUCUUAUCAACUAAAGUCAAUGUCGUCUG